AGAGAGAGAGAGAGAGAGAGAGAGAGAGAGAGAAUACUGUCAAUAUGAUUUAUCUCUUCCGCUCUGUUUCACGAACAUCAGAACAGAUCAGGUCGAUAUAUAUUCUGUUUCCUCUCUCUCAUCUCUCUCUCUCCGCCACGCACACACAUACACACACAUACACACACAUCCACACACACACACACACACAUUUUCACGCGCCGCAGCGGCAUCCUGUAUGCGUCCAUCCUCGCGCCAGCGGGUGGCCGCCUGGCUGCUCGCGCUGCCGUUGGGAAGGCAAGGUGGAGAGGAAUGCGCGCGCCGCGGCCGGCUGGAGAUGAUCUCGUUCUGGCUGCUGUGCUGGAAGCUGCUGAGAGCCACAACUGGUUUAAGGAGGACACCUGAGCUGACAGACGGUAACCACGACGACAGUAGCUCAGGUGACAUUAACCCUGUCAACGACCCCACCACUGCAGAACAGCCAACAGAUCCAGAUACCAUGGAGAUCAGCUCGUCACCGCCGCUGACUGAUCUGGAGAGCUGGCACAGCCAGGAAGCACAGGAACUCCAUUACCCAGAGGGCCACAGGGGGCAGCAGCCAAACGGAGACGAGCAGGAGACCGAAGAGGCUGCAGAGGGAGAAGAGGGAGAAGAGGGAGAAGACGGAAAAGACGAGUGUGACUAUCUCGUUUUUGAUUCAGAGAAGAGGGGAGCAGAGACAAAAGAAGGGGAGGAGACAGGAAAGGAGGGAGGAGACAGGGAAGGAGGGGAAGAGACAGAGAGAGGAGGGAGCGAGGGAGGACAUGAAAGAGGAGGCGAUAAGGGAGAAGAGGAGAAAGAGAGAGAAGAAGAAGAAGAUGAGGGAAGAGGAGAAAGGGAGAAGAAGAAGGAGAAAUAA